AUGGUACGGCGCAAGGUCUUCAUCACGGGGCGCUUUGGCUUCGUUUGUGAGUGCGACCGCUGCGAGGAGCCCGACCAGGCGGCCGGGAAGGCAGAAGCCGCCCUGCAGGCGCACGCCAAAGGGCGCAGCGACACCUGGCAGGAGGAGACAGAGCUGGGCCACGCCAUGAAGCGAGCUCACGCAGGCCUCUGCAAGAUGCAGCAGGACAAGGGCCGACCCUCCGGUGCUCGCCUCGACUGA